AUGUUUGAUCUAAAGAAAUCUGAAGAAAUUUUGAGAAGAAGAGCUAUAUUUUAUUGUUUGAAUAACUAUAAAACUAUAAGAACACAUUACAAUGAUCUAUCAGAACUUAAAAAUUAUGUUCCUAAAACUAAAUUAACAGAUUUUUUUAUAAAGGAUGAAAACUUUGAUUAUUCAGAUCUCUUGAACCAGAUUUCAAAUUCACUUAUAUCACUAGAUGUGAAAACAGAUACAAAAACCCAUGAAGAUACCAAAGAUCAACCAAUUUGGUCAAAUUAUGACCUUUUGAGUUUAAUUAAAAUCCAUAAAUUCAAGAAUGUCAAGGAAAAAUUAUACACAUGUAAUAUAAAUGUACAAAAUAAUGUUAAGUUUGAUUUCUCGGAGUAUGAAGAUGGCUAUUAUGAUUUAGUGUACGAAAGGCCGGAUAAUAACACAAGUGAAGUGUUUAAGCCGAUGGAUAGUUAUGAUUUGUCAGUUGAAAAUUACUGGAAAAAUUUUAAAAAUGUUCCAAAAGAUGAAAUCACAGUAUUUAGAGAUAUAAAAGAGGAAGAUUUACCAGAAAAAACCACGAGAAAUGAACCAGAGACUACAGUUCGGAACUAUAAUUUAUUGAAUCUUCUUCCUGGAAACAAUUCGAUAUCAAACCUGGCAAAUGAAAACUAUUUCGACGAUUACUAUAACUUCAAUAAUAUGAAGAAAAUCUCAGUUAAUAUCGGAACAGAACGACAACUGAGACAGAUUUAUAUUAAGCCAAGAAAUAAAGACAAGGAAUUGAAAUUUGGUCUGUUAACAAAAGGAAAUAAUAAGGAUUUGAUUUUGAAGAGAAAUGAGAACAAUAUGAAUGAGUAUCUAGUGGUGUUUGAUGAGGAUAGUAUGAAAGUUUACGAGUCAGAAACACUUGAAGGACAAGUAUCAUCAGAGAAACAUUUACAAAAAUCAUGCAUCCGGAAGUUUUUUGCAAGUGAAAUUGUGCGAGAAAACCUAAGGAAUAAACUAAUACUAAAGCUAAAGAGACAUCAAAACGCAAGAGUAUUCACAGCAAAAGACAUGAAGAAAAAUGCAGAUCAAAUAAAUAAAUCAAUAUCGUCUGUUACACUCGGUUGUUUCUGGUGUGACUGGAACUUUUACGGAGGAGGAAUAGUUCCAGAGGUACACAACGAGGAAUUGUCAACAAACCCAACAGAAUACCUACUUUCGUUGGAAAAAAACGAUCUUUAUCUUUUAACAACCAGUUUUAUAGAAUCACUGCAAGUUAGAGGAAGGAAUUUGGAAACGUUCGAGGAUAUAUUCUCAGUAAUUUCAGAGAUCGUAAAAUCAUAUCGCACACUAGUAAUGGGGAAUUUCAACGAAGACUAUUUUGAAAUCAUGAAAAAAUCUUUUCUUGAGCUCAAGACGAAGUCAACACCUUCAGAUAUUGCACUGUUAACGCCAGACCUGAGUGAACUGAGUGUUUCCUCAGCAUCGAGUAUAGACCGAGAUUCAGUAGAUGUCGAUUCUGAGCUAAACUCACAGAGAGAACAAGUGCUUCCAACCUUUAAUAAGUAUGCCAAGACAGUGGAGGAACUAACUAACCUAAGACAACUGGUGUCAUUCCUGUUAACAGACUACAAUGAUGUCGGGUCAUUUGUCAAGGAACCUUUUGUGGAUCUAUCCACCAUACCCAAGAUAAAGAACGUUUCCAAAACAGUAAUCAACUGCUCAAAAUCAAUUACCAAAAGGAGCAAAAAUCCAAACUUGAAGGAGACUGAGAUUGUACUCUCUGCUCUCAAGAUACUGGAUCUGCUGAUUUUUCUACUUCAGAAAUCCUCAAAGUCAUUUAACAGUCCCAGGGACUUUCAUUCAUUCAUUACGAACUCAAAGUAUGAAGUCGAGUCUUACUUUUCAUCUAUCAUGUUUAACUAUUUCUAUGAAAGAAGUAACGAUUCUUACUCCAUAAAGGUGUUGGGAUCAAAGAGGCUUAUGUGUUAUGUUAUUUGGCUUUGCAUUUACUUGUCGCCCAAAUACACAUUUGAUUUCUCAUUUCUGCUCAACUAUGAUUUGACCAACGUUUCAAACUCAAUACUUUUCAACUCUUGCGUUGACUUGACUUCAAUAAGUCCAGCUGGUAGAACGAACAAGAACCUCUACAAGAUCAAUACUCCUCUGUUUUCAGGCUCCAAGAAGAUGAACUUGACUAGUCUUGUAACAAAUAAAACUAAACGUUUCAAGUUACGUUAA